AUGUUUUCUUGGGGAGAGGUUUCAUCUCUCAUUAAUUUCCUCAUUAGUAGUGUAGUAAACACACAGCUUAUUUGCGAAUACGAGAACAGAGAGAGAUUGAGAAAGAAAGAAGAAGAGAUACAGAUGGAGGAGACGAGUGUUGUUGUUGGUGGUCGUAACGGCACGCGCUUACGUUCCGGACGCGUUUUAAAUAAUAGCGAUGAAAAGAAUGUUUCGUCUGGCGGCUUCAGUUCUGCGGCGGAGGCGAAAGCGGCGCUUUUAUCAUCCGGAGGACAAGGAGCGUCUAAGAAGAAGAGUACUUUCACCGAGGAAAACGAACGGCUUUUACUGAGAGGAAUCCAAGCCGUGUUCGAGCGAUGGACGGCGUUAACCAUGGCCGUCGUCAACGAGUGGGGAGGGUUCCAGAGCAAAGAGAAAGCGCAAAGUUUACGAGAGGAAACGUUGGAGUUUUUGUUGAAAGAUUCCAACAAGAAAGACGAUUCAAUCGAAGAUUUUUUAUACGAUUGCAUCGCGGAGGAUUUCAACGUGCAGUUGGAAGACGAGUCGCACGAGGAAGUCGGGAAGGUUCUGCGAGCGAUGUUUGAGGAGUGCGGGAGAGGAGAGUCGAGUUUAGUGGAGAAGAUUGAAAUGCAAAAGUUACCGAAGGAAGCGAUGGAAUUGAGAGACGCGAUUAGGGAGGCGGAUAUGAGGAACGAAGGAUUUAAGAUGGCGGGAGUGGACGAGGAGAUGGAUGAUGGGGACGAGAGCGAGAGUUCGAGCGGUGAGGAGAUGGACGACGAAGGAGAAGGAGACGCGGUGGAGUUAGCGGCUGGCUUGAAAGGGAUGGGGAAGAAGAAAAAUGAGCCCGACGCCGACGGGUGGACCACGGUGUGA